AUGGUCCGCCGACUGCCGUGGACCCAUCCACAUCGUAAAGUCGACUACACCGGCAACAACACCUCAAGCGAAAUGGUCUUCACCAGGACCCCGCGCAGUGGCAGGAGAGGAGGGUUGACGUACAACAAUUCGUCGUACGGCAAGAGCAACUACAGCAAUAAUCGGUAUUCGCGCGGCGGGUACGGCAAUGGCGGGGGUGGUCCGAACACCCCGUCGUCGCAGAAGAAGCGGCUGGACGGGCUCUACCUGGAAGGGAACUGGUACUGCAACUGCGAGCCGCGGAUGCAGGCCAAGUACCUUCAGACCAAGAAGCAGGGCAAGAACCAUGGCCGGUACUUUUGGACGUGCGAGUCGAGGGGUUGUAACUUCUUCCUAUGGGACGACGAUGCGAAGAACCGGGCGGAGGGAAACACGUUGACGUUGCCGCCCAUGCCGGAGGACGAGCCGACAAAGAAUGGUGCGGCCAUGCCUGCGACUGCACCUGUGCCUGCGCCUGCUGCUACGCUUCCAACGCCGACGACAGCCACGCCGAGACAGCGGUCUAUGGGUGACUACCUCACGCAGCAGAAGGAGGCGGAGACGCCGUCGCGGACCGCAAAGAGGAAGAGGGUUCUCUUUGAGUUCAGCGACGACGAUGAGGAGGAUGACUUCGGACUAGGGGAUAUGUCGUCGGAUGAGGAGAGGCAGAUGAACGAAGCCAUGGAGCGGAGCGCAAAGAAGUUGAGGGAUACGGCGCCGGUCACGCCGUCCUCCCGACGGAUGGCGGAGAGUGAGGUCGAUACCCCGGGGACGGUCUCGAGGACACUCUUCCCCGACGCCAAGAGGAGGAACACCGGCACCGGGUCCUUCUCCGCAGCGAGCACGGCGUCGUCGAUGACUGCGAACCCCUCCAUGUCGCCGCCGGCGUCACAGACCCAGGAGGAGCAGCUGGACCCAACUGACGAGGUGAUGGCUCUGCUCAGGGGGCAAAAGGUGGACGAGGCAACGAUGGGAGAGGUGAGGGGCGUGCUGCGGCGGUACGCGAUGAAGGCCAAGGGGAUUGCGAGGGGGCGAGACAGCGUCAGGAUGGCCCUCAAGACGAAGGAUGAGAAGAUUGCCGGCUUGCAGGAAAGGGUUGCCAGUCUGGAGGAUCGCAACCGGGCUCAGCGGGAGGAGAUUGCCGAUUUCAAGGCGAGCAUUAUGGAUCUAUACUCGAAGCACUGA